AUGGCUCGAGUCGCGCCUAAUGGCCCUCGUCCAGAUGGGGAAGAGACGGACGUCAACGGAAGGGUGGAGGCUGAUGAGGCACGUGAAGGGACCAAUCGCUAUCAACAAAACGCAACGCUUGGAGACGACAUGAAAGAGGGGGGAAAGGAAAAGAAAGAGCCAGCGAAGAUCAAGAAAGCAUGGGACAAGCUAGGACUCGACGCCGGGACGUUGAUGAUGAUGGGCAAGGCCGCGCUCCCACCAACAAUAGCAAUCGCCAUGUACCAAGCCGACAAGGUCGCGCAAACGUUCUCAACUCUCGGAUAUCUUGUCGCUGUCAUUUCGAUCCUUGGGUUUUGCAUCAUGCCGAGAGCAAAGUUCAUUCAAACCAUGACUUUGAACAUCCUCAGCACAUGCGUUGGCUCAGCUAUCGCAUUACUGAUGGUGUGGUCCGCCGUCAAAGCACGCGAACACACUACAGUUCCUGGCGCGACCCCACAGCGAUACAACUCUUCACAGUCUGCAGUCCUGGGUGUAUGGUUGUUUUUCCAGACCUACAUCGUUAACACGCUGAAAGCGAAGUUUCCACAACUGGCUUUCCCAGCUAUCAUCUACUCGAUCCUGAUCGAUGUCGCGGCGACUUCAGGUUUUUUUUUCACGACGCCUGCACAGUGCGAAGCUUUCAUUCGGAGCCUUCUCAUCUCAUUUCUUACUGGGUUUGGCCUUGCCACUGGUGUAAGCUUGUUCAUCAUUCCUAUCACCUGUCGGGCGGUUGUUGUAAAGGAGAUGACUGGGUACAUUGGGUUGUUGAAAGGAGCGAUUGGAGCACAAAAGGGAUACCUCCACAGUCUGGAAGGAUCAGACAUGUUCGGGCAGACAUACAUACCUGAAGCCGACGAGGGCAACGAUGCAGACAAGGAGAGAAAAUCCAAGGCUAAGCCGGAAGUUGCAGCUGUAAAGAAGAUGACAGCUGCUCUUCAGGAAUUGCACGGAAAGCUCACUACAGAUCUUGUGUUCGCUAAAAGAGAGAUCGCGUACGGCAAGCUGACGCCAGACGAUUUCGAAGGUAUAUUCAAGCACCUGAGAUCUAUCUUGAUGCCGAUUCUUGGUCUUGGUUCAGUGAUGGAUUUAUUCGAGCGAGCGGCAGAGAUCAAUCAUUGGGACGGCGAAGAAGUGUCAGAGCAUGAUCAAGAAUUACGGGAAAAGGCUGUCGGCGAGUGGAAUGAGCUGUUCUCGUUCGUCCACGAACCAUUCGAUCAAAUCAUGCAGACUAUGGACGAGGGCCUCACGCAUGUCAUGCUCAGGAUGCAGUUCACAAAGCCUCCUAAGAAGAAGAAAGGCCAGAACCAGGGUGAUGCGGAGGCAAAGGGCGAUACAGUGAAGCCUGGCGACAAGAACUUCGCAGAGUAUAUGAAGAAACAAGCCGACAUUUUCUACAGCUCAAAGGAGCCAACGCUCCGCCACUGGGUUGAGAGCAAGGGUAUAAAUCUAAGCGCCGACUACUUCUCACGUCCCGAUGAGAUUGACGACGAGACACUUAAACGCCUGCCUAGCAUCGCCACACGAAAGCGUGACCAGCGACAGUUGUACAUCGUUCUGUACGUCAUCUUCUUGCUCAACUCAAUCAGCCGCUCGAUCCUUGAGUUUGUCAAAUUUGCCGACGAACAUGAUCAAGCCACAGCAAAGAAGCAGAUAAUCAACCCCGGCGGGAAGCGCCUCAAGAAGUGGGUGAAGAGUAUCCUCCAAUCGCAGGACUCGAACCAUGACGACGUGACGACGAUUGCUGGCUUUGAUAGGAACAACACCCGUGUCUACAUGGGCGAGGCAUACGAGAGCAAGAAAGACCCUGAGCAUCUACCACCUAACAAUGCCUGGGAGAAGUUUGGUAACGUCAUCCGCGCAUGGGCUAGAUUCUUCCGCUCCUCUGAAUCUGCGUUCGGUUUCCGCGCUGCAUGUGCUACCAUGUCGAUUGGCAUCAUCGCCUUUCUCCGAGACACGCAAACCUUCUUCGUAGAACAACGUCUCGUCUGGGCCAUGAUCAUGGUCGCUAUCUCCAUGACUCCGACUGCAGGUCAAUCCAUCUUCCAGUUCAUGCUCCGCAUUGCGGGAACCGCGGUUGCCAUGUGCGUCGCCUGGCUGAUCUGGUACAUCCCUGACCAACGCACUGGGGGCGUCAUCCCACUCCUUUGGUUCUUCGUCGCUAUCGGCUUCUACAUCCCACUAAAGCGUCUUGACCUCGUGAUUGUCGGUAUGAUCAGUGUCGUCACCGCCACUAUGAUCGUAGGCUACGAACUGCAAGUCCGCAAAAUCGGCGUCCAAGCCGCAUCUGCCACCGGCCAACCUGCGUACCCCAUCUACCAACUCGGUCCCUAUCGCCUCGCAACCGUAGUCGUUGGUCUUGCGGUGGCAUUCUUCUGGACUAUAUUCCCCUACCCGAUUACCGAGCACUCUGCGCUCCGCCAGAAGCUUGGUGGCGCGCUGUACUUGAGUGCCAACUUCUACUCCAUCAUGCACGAGCAAGUUCUGUCGCGCAUACGAGGCGAUGCAGGCGAUGAAGAGAACGACAAAACAUCGCCAGGCUUCAUGCUAAACAAAGUGCGAAACAAGGUCUUUGCGAAGCAAAUGCUCACUCUGCAGGCACUCAAAAUGCAUUCCGGUUUCGUGAAAUUCGAGUUCCCCCUUGGCGGCAAGUUCCCAGCGGAAGACUACGAGAAGAUCAUCGGCUACGUGAACAACAUCGUGAAUCACACGGCGUUGCUGGGCUAUGCCAGCCAAGCCUUCACGCAUCCAUUCCUCGAUCCCGACAGCCAGACGAGGAGGCGACAUGGUCAUCCACCAGCUUCCCGAAACAGGCCAGUCCUCAAUGGUUCCAUGACUUCCGGCGGGUGA